AUGGCUGUCCGCAUCGAUGAUGCCGUGCGCCAUGCAUUACGCUCCGCUUUCACGCAGGCAGUCGCCGACGGCCGGGCCAAACCGCUGUUGAUGCCGUACAGCCUCCUCGGGGCCCCCGUCCUCCUCAUCCUGUGGCUUGCGAUCCCGCACACGCGGCGGCCAUGGCUCUACCAGACGAGGUGGCUCGUCGUGGCUUUCAUUACCGUCUUCAACUGGCGCCUGGCCCGCGAGAUGUCCAGCACUAACAUGGCCUGCUCGUACGCGGCAGGACUGCACGCUGCGUGGGGCAUAAUUCUCAGCAUCGACCUGCUCAUCUGGAAGCGACCGCAAUUUGUGUCUGCGAGAGCAGUGAGAGUGCUAUCCCCGGGCAAGGCUUCUCAUAGUGCAAAUGGGAAUGCUGUUGCUACUGUCGAAGCGGACGCUUCGGGUCAGAAUGGCUUGCGGAGACGCAAAGUCGGCGAGUCCGCAUCUUCGCACGACAACCUGCAAGCGACUCCCAGCAACAGCGAAUUCGUGUGGCAGACGUUCCCUGAAGAUGGCCCCUUUUGGGAGCGCAUCGGCUGGGUCUGGGAUUGUGCAUCCAGCUUCCGCGGGUCUGGCUGGAACCAUUCGAUUUCGUCAAUCCCUCGACCACAGAUCCCUUCGGUAGUACAAUCAGGAGAGCCCCUCGACUUAAAGGCCAUGCCCCUCGUCACAGGCACCGGCUAUAAGAGGCACGUCUCAGAGGCAGCGUUCACGCGUGACCGGCUGUUCAAGUUAGCCUUUUUAUAUCUUAUUCUCGACUUCCUUUCCGUCUUCAUGAUGAAGGACCCAUACUUCAUACUCGGCCCCGACCGCCCACACGACCUGCCAGCGCAUCUCACUCGCUUACCCUGGUGGCUUCUAUUGCUUUAUAGGGAGCUCUUCUCCCUGGCCGGAUUCCUGAGCGCCAUCGGCGCCAUCUUCAGCCUCGCCGACUUGAUGCAGUAUUGGUCACUCAAGGUGCUGUGCCCAUCUCGCUCGGCUUUGUGGUUUCACAGCACGACAUUUGGAUCCUUCAGCCAGGUCCUCGAUCGUGGCCUGGCGGGCUGGUGGGGUGCAUGGUGGCAUCAGACAUUCCGACAACAGUUUAUGGGUCCGGCUUCCUACCUGCUGCAGCAAGGUUACCUCAAAAAGGACUCAGAGAUGUCCAAGGCCAUCGCCAUGUUUAUAUCAUUUGCGCAGUCCGGCAUCCUCCACGCGUUUGGGAGCAUGACCACCAUCCCCGCCACCAAGCUCUGGCGCUCGCCUGCCUUCUUUCUGCUCCAGGGCGUGGGUAUGCUCACCCAGGAGAAGCUGGCCAGGCUGGCGAAGUCGUACUUUCCUGAGCCCUCGCGCGCGCAGAUCCGGGUGGCGAACGUCGCCUUCACCGCUGCCUGGAUGUACGCCACGGCCUGGCUCUUUACCGACGACAUUGCUUCGACGGGGCUGUGGCUGCUGGAGCCUGUGCCGAUAUCUCCCCUGCGCUGGAUGGGAUACGGCCAUCCCUCGGACCACUGGUGGCGAUGGGACUUGGACCAGCUGCCCAAGUGGCACGUUGGAAAGCAUUGGUGGGACACGGGAUUCGCAUUGUAG